UUAUGAAAAAGGAGAUUUGGCAACUUGGAAAUUUUUUUCAACAGUCAAAACUCUGCGCCAUUUUAUACAAACCGUUGACCCAAGAGGUGAAAGUUGAAAGCAUGUCUGAUUUUAAAUCAGUUUUGGUACAAGUUGUGUAUUUUGGCGAUCGUACAUGUGACUAUGAGGUUACAUUUCAGUCUUCUUCACGAGGGGAACCUGACCUUAUGGUGUUAGAGCAAAAGUUGUGUUCUAAAUCCAAGGAAAUAAAAGAUUUCGUUGGCAAAGGAGGAGCAUGUGAAUUUUUCAAAGAAAGUGAAAUUUUCCCUGGUCGUUGGACCCAAUUUGGUGAUUACUCACCAGUGAAGCACAAAGUAACGAUAAGGUGUAACCUGGGGAAUAAAAGAAAACUAAGUUUUUCUGAGUUACCACAACAGCAAGAGAAAUACCAAAGGAAAUUAAGGGAAUCUGAAAUGCAACUGCAACAGAAUGGUUGUGAAAUAAAUAUUUUCACUGAUGUGGGAGAAAGAGUGAAGUUUUCUUCGAACUCAUUAACCGAAAAACAUUCAACACCUUGUAGUACUUCAUCAUUUUUCAACAAUGAACAACACUCUGAUGAAGGUUUUAGCCCUUUACUUACCAGUACAGCUAUUGAUACCAAAAAAAAAAUUAACGUCUAAGUCCACG